UCACAAUCUUGGGUGACAAACAUGGGACAGGACUUCAUUCCACCAAUCUGAUUGCAAAGUGUUGGUCAGAGCCUGUUAUAAAAACAGGCACCUGUCAGAUUGCAAUUUCACUCUUCACUCCUUCCGACUUCAGCUGCCGUCAGGUGAAGCAGUUCGCUCUGAAACCAUGGCCAAGGACAUGACCCUGUUUUGGGGCUCCGGCUCUCCUCCCUGCUGGAGGGUGAUGAUCGCUCUGGGGGAGAAGAACCUGAAGGGCUACAACCAGAAAAUGCUCUCCAUUGAGAAAAUGGAGCACAAGUCGAAGGAAGUCAUGGACUUGAAUCCCAGGGGACAGCUUCCUACCUUCAAGCAUGGAGACACUGUCGUGAAUGAGUCCCUCGCUGUCUGCUUCUACCUGGAGAGCCAGUUCAAGUCCCAGGGAAAUAAGCUGAUCCCUGACUGCCCCGCUGAGCAAGCACUGAUGUACCAGCGCCUUUUUGAGUUUUUCACGUUCUACCAGAAAAUGGUGGAUUUUCUCGUCUACAAGUUGAAGGUCCCAGAGGAAGAGAGACUCGAGUCUACUAUGAAGAAGAAAAAAGAGGCUGUGAUUGAUGAGCUCAAGCUGUGGGAGAGAUACCUGGCCAAGGCACCCUGCUAUCUGGCAGGAAAGAACUUCACGCUGGCUGAUGUGUCUAUGUUUCCGAGCUUCGCUUAUCUCUUCCAAUUUGGGUUAUCUGAGAAGCGUUACCCCAAACUGGCAGCUUACUAUGACUAUCUUAAGGAGAGACCCAGCAUCAAAGCCAACUGGCCUCCCACCUGGCUGAACAGCCCGAGACAAGACAUCCUGAAAGACAUCUGAGAGGCUGACAUGCCAGAACCAUUCCUGUAACCACUCCUUGCAUUGCACUACUCUAGCUGGUAGCAUUUGUAAAAAAAACAUGCCUUUACUGUGGUUAAUUUCCCAACAGAAUUUGUUUGCAAAUUUCUCUUUUUGAGCUGUAAACAAAGGAAUAAAAAGUGACUUUCA